AUGGACAAGACAGUUUCACUGGUGCAGGUCUCUCCACUCAUCAAGCUGGGCAGUUACUCUGCCCUGUUCCUCAGCGUGGCCUAUGGAGCCAGGCGCUACAAUUACCGAAAACCCUGGGCAGAAGAAGAGACAAGGAUAGCAGAGAAAAAGAAGCAGGAUGAGCAGAAAUGCAUGGAGUGAGAACUGGCAGAAGCCUGAGGGGAUAGUGUAUUAAAGUGA